CGACCUGCAAUACUAUUAUGCUUAAAAUAUCACCGGCUCAUGGUCUAUCCUCUGCUUGUCAACUGAGAAACUGUGAUUUCUUUCCGUUCACCAUUCCCUGCGGCGGCCAUAUUGUGGGAUGCGUUGCUGCAAGUUAAACCAAUUCAGAGCGGAGGGUGGGGGAACAUCUGCGGGAGUCCAUCCACUAUUCCUAGAGCUGUCUUUUGUCAUGUAGCAUAGCCACACAAUCUCUACCGGUUCCGGUUUAAAGGUUUUUGUUUGCUAGGAUUGGUCACUGUUACUCUUUUCCUUUUACUGCAACACAAGAACAAAACCAAGUAACGUGACUGGAUUAAUAAUAUCUAUCACGGAUUUUUCCUCUAUUGGACACAGCAUUUAUUUAUCACGUCUCGUGAGGUGUUACAUGGCAAAGGAAUGGGACAGACUGUGAUUUUCAAGUUGAACACAACAAUACCACUUUGAGUGCUACACUGAAACAUAUACCGAGGACGAAGCGGUCGGAAGGCGUAUGUAACCUCAAGAAAAAAAAGAACCGAUUCGGCAAAGGCUUGACUAUGGGCUGUGUCAAGAGUAAAGAGGACAAGGGUCCUACACAGAAGUACCGACCAGAUCCCACCAAUCCCACCCCUGGGUCACACAUGGGUCUCUACGGACCAGACCCCACUCAGAUGGGCCAGUCACCUGCCCUGAAGGGCCCCACCAACAACUACAACAGCCGCACAACUGGGCUCACUCCGUUUGGUGGCUCCUCCUCUGUCAUCACACCCUUCGGUGGAGCCGCCUCCUCUUCCUUCUCCACUGUUGCUGUGAGCAACCCCUUCCCUGGUGCCGUCACAGGCGGUGUAACUUUCUUUGUGGCCUUAUAUGAUUAUGAAGCCAGGACAUCAGAUGACCUCUCCUUCAAGAAAGGCGAUAGAUUUCAGAUCAUCAACAACACAGAAGGAGACUGGUGGGAGGCUCGUUCCAUCAACACGGGGCAGAAAGGCUACAUUCCCAGCAAUUACGUGGCCCCUGCAGACUCCAUCCAAGCGGAAGAGGUUCCCGGAAACCAGCGGGGCACUUUUUUGGCCAGAGAAAGUGAGACCACUAAAGGGGCUUACUCUCUUUCAAUACGGGACUGGGAUGAGAUGAAGGGAGACAACGUGAAACACUACAAAAUCCGAAAGCUUGACAACGGAGGCUAUUACAUCACCACAAGAGCUCAGUUUGACACUCUACAGAAGCUGGUGAAGCAUUACACAGAGCAUGCGGAUGGGCUGUGCUACCGACUGACCACAGUGUGUCCGACGGUGAAGCCCCAGACUCAGGGUCUGGCUAAAGAUGCAUGGGAAAUCCCACGAGAUUCACUGCGUCUAGAGCUCAAGCUGGGUCAGGGCUGCUUCGGAGAAGUCUGGAUGGGUACAUGGAAUGGCACGACUAAAGUAGCUAUAAAGACACUGAAGCCGGGCACCAUGUCUCCUGAAGCCUUCCUGCAGGAGGCACAGAUCAUGAAGAAGCUUCGGCAUGACAAGCUGGUGCCCCUGUAUGCUGUAGUGUCUGAGGAGCCAAUUUACAUAGUCACUGAGUACAUGGGAAAAGGGAGUUUGCUGGACUUCUUGAAGGAGGGUGAGGGCAAGUACCUCAAGCUGCCCCAGCUGGUAGACAUGGCUGCCCAGAUUGCAGAUGGCAUGGCCUUCAUCGAGAGGAUGAACUACAUCCACAGAGACCUGAGGGCUGCUAACAUCCUGGUGGGAGACAAUCUGGUCUGCAAGAUCGCCGACUUUGGCCUGGCUAGACUGAUUGAAGACAACGAAUACACUGCAAGACAAGGAGCCAAGUUUCCCAUUAAGUGGACUGCACCAGAAGCAGCGCUGUAUGGCCGAUUCACCAUCAAAUCUGACGUCUGGUCCUUCGGUAUCCUGCUAACUGAGCUGGUAACCAAGGGCAGAGUGCCAUAUCCAGGCAUGGUGAAUCGAGAGGUGUUGGAGCAGGUGGAGCGGGGCUACAGGAUGCCGUGUCCUCAGGGCUGCCCGGAGUCGCUGCACGAAAUGAUGCAGCUCUGCUGGAAGAAGGAGCCAGACGAGCGGCCCACUUUCGAAUACAUCCAGUCCUUCCUGGAGGACUACUUCACCGCCACUGAGCCACAGUACCAGCCCGGAGACAACCUGUAGAGACCUCCUACGGGAGCCAGAGACUCACCACCACGUGCUAAUAAGCCACCGGGACGGUUCCCAAACCCAUUGUGGCACCUCCUCCCUACAGCUCCCCCUGCACACUUGUCCUUACAGAGAUGUUUUUGUUUUUCCUUUACCCUCCCAGAGCCAAACUUAAAAACACGAUUAGUGCAUAAAACGUAUCUUUUACAGCAGAUACAGGCUGUUCUCUGCCUGAAGAUGUGUGUGGUGGAGUUGACGAGGGUGUGUGUAUGAGCGGGACCACAUCACGCUCCCAGAGCUCUGCUGGGGUGAUUCCCUGCAUUGCUGUCAGAGGGAGCUGUGAGACAAGCGAUGAGCUUAGUGCUGAUGGCUGGUUCACAGUUGCACAAAAUCAGCUUUUACUUUAUUUUUUUUUUUAUCUAUUUUGUUUUUUUUUUCCUCCCUUUUGUCUGUUUCUUUUUACCUGAACACUAAAUCUUAUUGUAAAAUCAGUCUUUAUUAUUUUAAAGUUGUUCAUUUUUCUUUUUCCCCCUUUUUUAUUUUAUUUAGUAGUUUGAGUAGUUUAUUAAAAGUGACCAAUAACUGUGGUUGAAUUGGUUGGCGCUACCAGUGACAGUUAGUGCCAUUGUUGAGACGGGAAAGUGGAAGAAAGACCGAGAGAAUGAGACGCAUGAGGGCAUUAGCCGUUCUGAAUGUAUGAGAGCUUGAGUUUGAGAAUGAUCAUAAAUGAAACAUCAAUUACAGGGGCAGAAUGUUUUUUCUCUAAAACACUUUUUUUAAUAAGUACUUUCAUUUCAGUUUUAAUCAAUCUCUAUGAGAGCUUGAAAUCAUAUCCUGGGAGAUGAUUCAUAUUGGAAGCCUUCACAAAACAUUUCUGACGACUGAUCGCCAUUUCAGCCAGCUGCUAAUUUUCAAGCAAAAAGUCAUUGUUAUAAAUCGUAUUUUUGUCUCGAAAUAUUUGAUGGUAACUUAGCAGAGAGACCUUUGAUUAAUAAAACACUAGACCUGACCAGUCCAAACAUCAUUCCUCAUGCUGCUGUUGAGACCCGACAGGUCUUAAUAUCCCAACAGCAAUGCCCGAGUUGCUUUUUUUUACGCGUAUCAGCACCCACACUGCCAGGUUUGUGUUUUUCGUACCAACACAUUUGUAGUGUUGCCAACCACUUGGUACCAAUUCAUUGUUCUCUCAUGUACACUCAAAUAAAUGAACCACAGAGAUUUAUUGAUAUUUCACAGAUUAUUUCAUACAUAAAUAUUUCAGUAUAUCUCAAGAAAGCCAUGGUUUCUUCAUCUUGACAUACGAAUGUGAACUUACUCAAAUUAUUUCACACAGAUCUGUUUUGACUCUUUUGCAAGUUUCUUGACCAGGAAUCAGAAUUACAGAAACUCCAUGAUGUACCACGUUUGCUGCUGGUGGAGUUGUUACAUUUCCUGUUUAGGCAUCGAUCACUGUGAAAUAUUCAGGUACUACAGAUUAAGACCAUUUACCAACCAAAGCUUGAUGGAGUUGGUUACAAUUUGCCUUCCAUCCUGAGCGCAUAAAAAAAAGUAUGUGAUUGAUGUUUUCCUUGAUCUGUUAAAAUGGUACAAGUCUAAUGGAGAGGGCAAAUUAGAUAUCAUCAUACAGCCGUACAAUUUUUGCACCAUUUCAGAUUCAGUCUUAAUGGUUGGUCAUGUACUGUCUAUAACAGGUUCAUUUCAUCCAUGACAAGGAAUCGAAUGCACUUGGGAUGAAUCGGACCGAUAUCUUUAGGAGGGCUAAUUUGUUGGUUUCUUCUCCCUUUUAUCGUGUAGCUUUUCAUAUAUAUAGAGAGAGGCCUUGCGUUUGUCCUUCAUUUAUGUGAGCCCUUUGUCCUAGAGAAUUUGUCUCCUCCUGUACCCAGGACAUCAACUAGACAUCUCUCCCAUCACCACCUCCUGUUUUACAAGGGCUACAGGCAAGUUUGUGCAAAGCUCUGUUAUUGAUUUUUGUUCGUGUCAAAAAAAAGAGAGAGAGAGAAGUACUCCAAUGUAAGCUGAGGGUCUCCGCUGCAAAGUUUGAUGAGGACAUUAGUUGUGAAACAAUGGUUACGAUUACUAAUCUGAAGAAUUUGUACAGUAAAAAAUAAAGUUUUACGUAAUGCUUUUAA